AUGACGUCCAGCAGCGAAGAAGUCCGUAAGUUUAUUGAUGGCUUGAAGAAUGUCGAGGAGUUGAUUGUUUUCGCGAAGUUGGCGGAACAAGCUGAGAGAUACGACGAUAUGGCUGCAGCAAUGCGGAAAGUUACCGAAAUGGACGGGAAGCUGACCCAAGAGAAACGAAAUUUGCUUUCCGUUGCUUACAAAAAUGUUGUCGGAGCCCGGCGUUCAGCGUGGCGUAUUAUCAGUAUGAUCGAACAAAAGGCGGAAAAUGAUGAUAAACGUAAACGGCUGGUUCAAGAAUUUCGUGUCAGGGUCGAAGCGGAACUUGAUGCAACUUGUAAGGAAGUCCUAAGUCUCUUGGAGAAGCACCUGAUAACAGAUGAUUGUUCCGAUGAAGAGAAGGUGUUUUACCUGAAAAUGAAAGGUGACUACUACAGGUACAUCGCAGAGUACAAGUCUGAACAAGACCCUGAGCGUGCAGCAGCAAUCACCUCUGCGGAAGAAGCAUAUUCCAAAGCCAUGGAACAUGCUAAGAAGAACAUGCCGUCCACUCACCCCAACCGCCUGGGACUGGCCCUCAACUACUCCGUGUUCUACUAUGAGAUUCAGAAUUCACCAGAGAAGGCAACUCAGUUAGCUAAAGAAGCCUUUGACUUAGCUAUAAGCGAUCUGGAGAAACUGCAAGACACUGACUGCAAAGAUAGCACAUUGAUUAUGCAGCUUCUUCGAGAUAAUAUCACCCUGUGGACAUCCGAUAGCCAGGCUGAGAAUUGCGAUGAUUAA